CUGGCCCGCGCGCCCCGAGGGGCCGCGGGGGGCUUUGCGGCCUCUCCGCCGAAGCUGGGCCAUCGUGGCUGCGCCUUGCUUUCUUACUUCUCCCCGUGUGUGUGUGUGUGUGUGUGUGUGUGUAUACACGUGUAUAUUUGUAUGUUCCACGUGACUGCGGCAGCACAGUUGGUUCUCCAAGUGGGGAAUUUUUUGGAGAUUUGGGGAGAGGCGGGACCUCAGGGUAUGAUGGCAGACAGACCUCUUUCCAAAGCUGCCAUUUUCUCCCGGGGAACUGAUUUCUGUGGCCUGGGGAUCACCUGUAAUUCCGGGAGAUCUCUAGCCACCACCUGGAGUGGAGGGCUCAGCAACCUUCUGUACAAAUGCACCCUGCCGGAUCAUAUUGCGACUGCCGAGAACGAACCGCGGCAGGUUCUGUUGCGCAUCUACGGGGCCAUCCUCCAGGGUGUUGACUCGCUGGUUCUUGAGAGCGUCAUGUUUGCCAUCCUGGCGGAGCGGGCUCUGGGGCCACGUCUCUACGGCAUCUUCCCGCAGGGGCGCCUGGAGGAGUAUAUCCCGAGCCGCCGCCUGCUCACGGAGGACUUGCCGGAGCCGAGCAUAUCAGGGGAGAUUGCCGUGAAGAUGGCUCGCUUUCACGGCAUGGUUAUGCCCUUCAACAAGGAGCCCAAGUGGAUGUUUGGGACAAUGGAGAGGUACUUGAAGCAGAUCUCCGAACUCACCUUCCCCCAGGAAGCUCAGCUACGGAAGCUCAACAGGCUCAAGGCGUACAACCUGGAGGCCGAAAUGCGCAGCCUCAGGGCUCUCCUGGAGGCCACUCCGUCCCCCGUGGUUUUCUGCCACAAUGAUGUGCAAGAAGGGAAUAUUCUGCUCCUGGCUGGGCGUGAGAACCUCUCCUCCGACCGUCUCAUGCUGAUUGACUUUGAAUACAGCAGCUACAAUUACAGGGGUUUUGACAUCGCUAAUCACUUCUGCGAAUGGGUUUAUAACUACUCACAUGACCAGUGGCCUUUCUACAAAGCCAGCCCCGAAAACUACCCCAGCCGCCACCAACAGCUGCACUUUGUCCGGAGCUACCUGUCUGAAGCACGGGGGAAGAGCCCGCCCCCCUCACCUGAAGAGCAGGAGCGCAUGGAGGCCGAAAUGCUCCUUGAGAUCAGCAGGUUCACGCUGGCCUCCCACUUCUUCUGGGGCCUCUGGUCCAUCUUGCAGGCCAAGAUCUCCACCAUUGAGUUUGGCUACCUGGAGUAUGCGCAGUGCCGCUUUGAGGCUUACUUCCAGCAGAAGGCGCUGUGUGAGUGACCCCUGCUUUCCCCAGGAGAGCCUCCCCUGGGCUGGCCCCCUGCAGAAUCUCCGUGCAACGUGGACCUCAAGGGACAUCAGCGUGGACCAAAGGCCCUGAAGGCAGCUCAGCUGGCUGGACAGCCCCUUGUUCUGUGAAAACAUGGCAGAAAACCUCUGGCGGGGGCGGGGGGGGAGCUGGGGACGAGAGCGGGCAUCCCUGGUUAGCUUCCUCGGGGGCUUUUACAGGUCGGUCACCAAAGAGGAGGCUGCUGGCUAGUGCAAGCGCUGCAGGUGGAAUUGGCUGGUGGGGACCAUUGGGAGAAGGGGGACCAGGAGACCUCUGCCCAGGCAGGGAGGGGAUGUGCCCCAGGCCCGCCUGCUCCCCCCUGGCCUCCUGUUGCUCUGCCUGUGCCGCCCUGCUUUGGAUGUACAUGUGCUCAACCCCCUCCUUGCUUAGCCCAUGUCUUCCAGAUGUUUGUGUCCUCCUCGCCCUUUGCUGGGCGUCUUCACACACACACACACACACACACGGCUGAUAUGUCGGUCUUUGAGCUGGUCCCAGACUGACGGGAGGAAGCCGGGGGUGAGGGGGGAGUUGCUUAGUCAGCGUGCAGCACGGAUGGACACAGGAACCCCUGGGCAGAAGUCGUGCAGGACCUUGGAGGCCUCGCCCAUUGCAAACUCCGGGGCUAGGGAGCUUCUCUGCACGCGGUGCCCUGCUGUGGGCUGUGCUUUGCCCAUCGGCACCUUAGGGUAUGGGGAGGGCUUGGAGGGGUGCUGCUGCUGGGGGGGGGGGGUCCCUUGCCCUGGGAUCCCUCCAGCCCGUCUGGCUGCCAUAAGUGCUUCUCUGGGCCUGCUCUCCAAGCUGUGGUCACAAGCGAGUGUCCCCCAGCACCUGUCCUCUCCUGCUGUUUGGGGAGGGGGCACCCAAGCGUUCCUCCUCUUCCUCAGGCUUCCUGGCUGUGUCUGUCUGGAUGAAGGGGGGGGGGUGUCUUGAUGAUCUUCGCUUUGCCACAGCUGUGUUUGGGUGAAGCUGUUGCACAGGAGCCAGUCGUGCUGAGGGAUUGGCGCACACUCUCUUUCGAAGCACUUGCCUGCCCCCCCCCCCCAGGGGCUCUCUUGCUCAGAUGUAACCCACUCGCUGGGGAAUGUCACGUCACCAAUAAAGAAGUGGCCUCGUU